GCCAAACGACCCCUAAGGGGUUAAGUUCCCUGCUCCAAUAUUCAUUCUGAGUCAAAGCCUGACACUCUCCCACGCCGCCCCCAAAUCGCAACAUCUCUUUUCAGCCAAGGAUCAAACAAAUCGAGAAACCCUAAGAAAUGAUGAGCUCCGUGGCGAAGCAUGUAUCCACCAUCUUCAAUCGACCGAACGUAGCCUUGUUGAACCCACUAAGUUGGGAGCAGCAGCUACAGCAAUGGCGGGGCAUACGGGUGAAGGUGCGGAACAACAACUUAGACCAAGCACUGUUCUUGAUGCAGAGGAAAAUGCAGUCCAGCGGAAUGGAACGCCUCAUAAAGCGUGAACAGCUUCACCACAUCAAGAACUCGGAGAAGCGUGUCUUGGCUCGUAAGCUCCUUGAACGUAAACUCCGUUCUCAAGACCUCGCGCGUAAGCUCAAAUCCAUCCUCAUCAAGAAAGUCAGGGGUUUAUAAAGGAAGAUGUUCAGCAGAGUUUUCUUCAUCAACUUUCUGGACUUGGCUGGCUGAUUGCUACUGAACCACCAUUUUCUUGCACCUUGCUACGUGGACUACACUUUUGAGAAUAAUGUUUUGAUUUCUAUUAGAUUUCUAUCAUUGAUGUAGAAUUUUGGCAAGUGUUAGUGGAAGAUCAUUUUGUUGAAAUUGUAAUUUUAGUCUGUUUUGUUUAUGUAAUGCUUCUCUGUACGCCCACAUUUGUCAGAUGCACAGUUCAGCAGAGUUUUCUUCAUCAACUUUCUGGACUUGGCUGGCUGAUUGCUACUGAACCACCAUUUUCUUGCACCUUGCUACGUGGACUACACUUUUGAGAAUAAUGUUUUGAUUUCUAUUAGAUUUCUAUCAUUGAUGUAGAAUUUUGGCAAGUGUUAGUGGAAGAUCAUUUUGUUGAAAUUGUAAUUUUAGUCUGUUUUGUUUAUGUAAUGCUUCUCUGUACGCCCACAUUUGUCAGAUGCACAGUUCAGCAGAGUUUUCUUCAUCAACUUUCUGGACUUGGCUGGCUGAUUGCUACUGAACCACCAUUUUCUUGCACCUUGCUACGUGGACUACACUUUUGAGAAUAAUGUUUUGAUUUCUAUUAGAUUUCUAUCAUUGAUGUAGAAUUUUGGCAAGUGUUAGUGGAAGAUCAUUUUGUUGAAAUUGUAAUUUUAGUCUGUUUUGUUUAUGUAAUGCUUCUCUGUACGCCCACAUUUGUCAGAUGCACCAUUUAUAUUGCUGUUCAUACUAAUAUCAGGAUAAAAGAUAUUCAGGUUCUAA